AUGGUGACCACAUCUCGUCUGGGCCUGCUCGGUCUGUGUCUCCUGGCGUCUGCUCAGGCAGCCAAGUACGGUUACAACAAUGUCCAAGUUCGCAAGGAUAGCGAAAUCGUGGCCGCGAACUUCAAGGAUGUUGAGGAUGUCGAGUUGCUUUCACCUGCGUUCUUGACUCCAGAAACGAUUCCCGAGGGCUUUUUAGACGGCACCAAGGGCCCGACGGACGAUGAUCUCCUCGACACCUUUGUUCAGGGUCUGGCCGACAAGAACGAGUGGAUGACCUACAACAAGGCCAAUUUCACCUCCGAGGAGGGCCGUCCGUUCCCCUACCUCUAUCUCUCUUCCACUAAGUUGUCCCGCAGGGCCUCCAGCUCGACUAGCAAGGUCCGCGUCUGGAUUCAAGGUGCCGUGCAUGGCAACGAGCCCGCUGGCGACCAGUCCCUGCUUGCCCUGCUCGGCGCCCUGGAUGCGAACCAGACAUGGGCUGCCUCCCUCUUUGAGAAGCUCGACAUCGUUAUUCUGCCGCGCUACAACCCCGACGGCGUGUUUUACUUCCAGCGCACGUUGGCCACCAACUACGACCCGAACCGCGACCACGUGAAACUCGCCCGGAAGCAAACCCGGGACAUCAAGACUCUGUUCGGCAAGUUCAACCCCCACGUCGCCGUCGACAUGCACGAGUACAGCGCGCCUACCCGCUUUGGAGACUACCGCCACGCUGCUGACGGCCUCUUCUCCGCCGCCAAGAACCUCAACAUCCACCCGGACAUCCGCGCGCUGUCCGAAGAACUCUUCGCCAAGAACAUUGGCUCGGCCAUGGAGUCCCGGGGCUUGCGCUGGGAACCCUACGUGACGGGAGGCUCAAGCGCUGACCCAGCCUUCAAGCCUACCUUCGCUGAAGCCGGCUCCGAUGCCAAGAUCGGCCGAAACGCCAUGGGUCUCACGCAGUGCGUGACCUUCCUCAUCGAGAUGCGCGGCAUCUAUCUCGCCGACCAGGAGUUCCAGCGCCGCACCGUCGCCGGCCUGACGAUGGCCACGAGCGUUCUGCAGACUGCGGCCGACAACGCCGAGAAGGUGUACACAACCGUUGAGUCCUCCAUCGCCGACUUCAAGUCCUCGGACUCGGAGAUUAUCGUCACAGACUCCUCGGCCGUGAUCCAGCGCACCUUCACCAUGGUCAACGCCAACAACGGCUCCAUCACGCAGGUGCCGAUAAACUUCCUCUCCACGACGCCCGUCAAGGCGAACAUGACCCGCGCUCGCCCGGCGGCGUACCUCAUCCCCGCCGCUUGGGCUGACCUGGUCGAGCGUCUGAGAGUCUCCGGCCUGGAGGCGCAGACGCUUAUCGAGCCGUACAAGGGCACCGUUGAGGCCUACAGUAUCGAAUCCGCCGUCUUGGAGACGGGCUACUACGAGGGCGUCGUCCGCGCCGACGUCACGACCUCGACGCUCACCAAGGAGGUGAACCUGCCAGCCGGCAGCUUCCUCGUCAGCACGAAGCAGAAGAACGCUGCGCUUGCGUUCGUAGCGCUGGAGCCGGAGAAUAUCGACUCGUAUGCCAGCUUCAACAUUGUGCCCGUAAAGGAGGGCGACGAGUACCCGAUCUAUAGAGUCUUGACUUGA